AUGAACAAGCGUCGCGAACCAGUUUCCUUAACAUGGGUGCCCCUCGUUGGCUCAGCCGCAUGUCUAUGUGCCACCGCAUACCUAGCUCGAUCGCUCCUAACCACCAAAGAGCGGUACGGUCCGAACCUGACUGCCAAUAUGAUCCAGGGCUUUUGUUCCCAUAAUCAGCUACUCAUCUCUCGCCUACCAGCCUACGGCGCGACAGAAAGCUCAUACAGCAGGUUACUGCACCUUUUCCACGAACCUCACGCCUCAGUAUACGUGUAUAAUGAGCUACUCAGGCGUGAGAAGGCAUCAUGGGAAUCUGUGCCAGACACUGUACAACUGCUGUCGAUUGAAGGGAAAAGAGGAACAAGCAUUCCUGGAGUACCAAUCAGCAGAACAACACUGAUAACCCUCCUUCUCCUGACCAAUGCACGCGUCAUUCACGAGUUCUCUUCUUCCUCUGGAUAUCGAGCUGCACUAGGAAGCUGGUGCGGACAAUGGUACAUUCAGUGGGAAAUGGGACAGCAGCAUGCUCUUGUCAGCUUGCGGGCGCAUGAUUCCCACUCGCCAGCAACAGAUGUCUAUGCACCGGUUUUCUCUGCAAGAGUUGACGCAUGUGUCAAGAUGAUGGCAGGCGUGGUCCAGCAUCCCAGUGGAGGCCCAAACUUAUUCGCAGUGGCGUUCCCAGGCAGAAUGCCUGCUGGUGAGUACUACCUCGAAUACCAAGAGAACGGAUUUGCAUUGUCGCAUGGCGCACGCCAUAUCUACAACAUGAAUGGCGGAAAAGUAUACGAGGUAGAUUUUCUUCUGCCGCGGAAAAAGGAGCAAGACGUGUUUGUUAUUUCACGUACUGGACAAGACGAAGCGGAAGUAAUCCUCGAUCUGCCGUCGAGCAAGCAGGAAGUACAUCCUGUGCGCAUGUACAUCGCGCCGAACGAACAAGCGAUCCUAGCACAAUGCCUAGAUUUUCUUCCCUGGGCUUACCUCUCCUGGUCCAUUCAUCGCGGCAUGAGAGACAUCCUACUCGCUUUUUCGCGGAAAACAAUGCAUGAAUAUCGUCAACGGUUAGCUCAGCAACUACGUGAUGCGGUGCCCCAGCACAGAGAGGUACUCGUUAAACAAGGCUGGGAGCCGUCCUUUGUAGAUGAAUACAUGGGCAUCAUGGCUUCUUCAGCUAUCCUCGCCGAGCGCGGUAAUUCGGGAGAUGCAGUUCGCAUAGUCACUGCACUGGCGGCCCUAGAACAUUCAGGGGGGUACGAACCAGAUUUAUCAGAUCUUGAUGAAACGACCUUCUGGAGACGCAGUGUCAGUGAAAGAGUAACAGGAACAGAAGAAGACGGAGUAGAUGUGGAGCGCCUGAGCAGGGAUACUGUCGUGGCGCUUGUGAAGUGCUUUGUAUUGGAAUGGAGUGUCGACUUUGAUUACCAGUUUUAUCACCGCUUGCCAAUUGAUCUCCUCUUCGUCUAA